CCCUGAAAGCCCUCUUCUCAUGAUCCGCCAUUAGGGGUGAGCCGCUGGUGGAUUGAACGCCAAGAUGCAGAUAUUUGUCAAAACCCUCACGGGGAAGACUAUAACCCUCGAGGUUGAGCCUUCAGAUACGAUCGAGAAUGUCAAGGCCAAAAUUCAAGACAAAGAAGGAAUUCCUCCUGACCAGCAGAGGUUGAUCUUCGCUGGGAAGCAGCUGGAAGAUGGACGCACUCUGUCCGACUACAACAUCCAGAAGGAGUCGACCCUCCACCUGGUGCUGAGGCUGCGAGGUGGUGCAAAGAAGAGGAAGAAGAAGUCUUACACCACCCCCAAGAAGAACAAACACAAGAGGAAGAAGGUCAAGCUGGCCGUGCUCAAAUACUACAAGGUGGACGAAAAUGGUAAAAUCCACCGCCUGAGACGUGAGUGUCCCGCCGACGAGUGCGGUGCCGGCGUCUUCAUGGCGAGCCACUUUGACCGCCACUACUGCGGCAAGUGUUGUCUCACUUAUUGCUUCAACAAGCCUGAGGACAAGUAAGAUGGACUGAAAGGAAUAAAGACAAAUGUUUCUCAACACAAA